AUGGCGAUGAUGAGUCCGAAGGAUCACAUUGAGGAUAUCCGCAAAAGAAAAUUUUCAAUCGGAGGAGAGCCAAACUCUCUGAGAGAGGACCUCCAUCAGGCCGUUAAAAACCUCUCCGCCGAGCUCUACUCAAAGGAUGUUCACUUUCUCAUGGAACUCAUUCAGAAUGCUGAGGACAAUGAGUACGAGGAGGGAGUGAAGCCCAGUCUGGAAUUCGUGAUCACGUCAAAAGACAUAACGGAGACGGGAGCCAAGGAGACCCUCUUGGUAUUCAACAACGAGAAAGGGUUUUCCAGUAACAACGUUGAGUCCAUUUGUAGCGUCGGCCUUUCCACUAAGAAAGGCAAACGCAACAGUGGCUAUAUUGGCGAGAAAGGGAUUGGGUUCAAGAACGUGUUUUUGUUCACUGCUCGCCUAUACAUUUUUAGCAAUGGUUACCAGAUUCGAUUUAGCGAGGAGCCGUGCGAGCACUGCGGUAUUGGGUUUGUUGUUCCAGAAUGGGUGGAUGGGAACCCUAUUCUUGCACGGAUAGACCAAAUCUAUGGUUCUUCAAAGAAACGUCCUACCACAACUAUGGUUUUGCCGCUCAAGACUGGCAAGAGGACGCGGGUGAAGCAGCAGCUUUCAAGCAUUCAUCCUGAGCUUCUCUUGUUUCUUACCAAGAUAAGGGAGGUUUCGGUCAGGGAAGAAAACCAGGAUCCAAAACUCAAUACUGUUAGUGCGGUUUCCAUUUCUAGCGAGAGAGAUCUUGUGAGGAAGAAAAACAUUGAUGCUGAGUCUUUCCUGCUGAUGAAAAGGCUGCUGGGAGCAAUGGACAAUGCAGUUACCAUAUGUGGAGGCAAAGGUUCCCAGUUAAGCAAGAAUGCAGAGUUGAUAGGAUAA